AUGUAUUGGACACAAAAGGGUCCCAGCAAGGCUGGCCGGGGCCGAAUUUUUCGCGCUGGACUUGACAUUCCACCUGGAGAGACGGCAGAGAAUCGCUCAGAUAUCCAAAUGAUGUGGGAAGAUUUACCAGAACCUGUCGAUAUUGAGAUCGAUAGUGAGACGCAGACUCUAUACUGGACGGGCUGGGGCGAACACCCCCUGGGCUGUGCGCUGUAUUGUUCUUACGUGGGAGGAGAGAAUAUUGAUUUUCUCCAGAAAGUGAUUGUGGCGCGGCAUUUCCCUGAGCCGGUUGGGUUGAAGCUGGAUAAAGUGCAUGACAUUGUGUACGUUGCGGAUCUGGGUGGCAGCUUGUAUUCGGUUUCGUUGGAUGCUGGGUUGAAGGUUGACUUGAUUCGCAAUAAUGGAUGCUACACAGGGAUCACCUUGGUUUGA